CGGCUGAGGGAGGGCGAGCGAGCCGGCUGCGCGGCGUCCCCCACGGCGAGCGGUCCGUCCAGGGUGUCCGAAGCAAGCGAGGGCGCGCCGCCCACGGGAACCCCCGGCAGGGCGGAGAACCGAGAAGAGGCCACCCGCCAAAGUGAGUUUCCAGCGGGGAGCCGGGGCCCGCCCGGCGAAGCCAGGACCGCGUCCAGCCCGACCAGAUGAUGGCCCGGGAUGAGCCGGGCAAGAACCAGGAGGACGCGAGGUUAGGUGCCCUGGUGUUGGCGGGAGUUGUUGAAUGGACUUCGGUGCGUCCCGCAGCCGCCUGGCGGGGAGGAUACAAAGGACCUGAUUAACAAACUGCUGACCUUAACAAGCCUGUGGACACAAAGUGGGUGAGCCUUUUUGGAGAAAUGAAAGCAAACACCUACAAAUUUAAAAACCUGCUGUUGCUAGACCUGAGACCGUGGACAACUCAGUCACCCCAUCUGUCUGAACCUUAGCUCCCCGCACUGAAAAUGGGGACAGUCGCCGGCAAGAAUCUAAAAGGCCUGAUUGCUGUCUUCUGAGUGGUGAACGAACCUCAAGGUUAAAACUCCGCCUACUGGGAUGCCGGCUACACCCAGACCUAUUCUCUGCGGGGGCUUCCCCGUCCGGCCGGGUUCGGCAGGAGGCAGCAGACCCCAGCACGGCUGUAGAGCCAGAGCGGAAAGCUGGGCAGAAAGAGCGAGCGGCGGAGGAGCCGACUGGCCUCGGGGUCCGCAGCCUGUGCAGGGCACGCCCGGCGGAGGCGAGGGCAAGCCGUGGCGCAUGCGCGCCGCGGGACCGACACCGCCCGGAACCAGCAGGCUCUGCCAGUGCGGGGAGGUAGCGCGCAGAAUCGGGAGGUGCUGGCGGCGGGGACCGCUUCCGGACACCAGCGGUAGAAUUGCAACCUUGCCAAUGGACCUGAUCGGUUUUGGUUAUGCGGCCCUUGUGACGUUUGGAAGCAUUUUGGGAUAUAAGCGGAGAGGUGGUGUUCCAUCUUUGAUCGCUGGUCUUUUUGUUGGAUUUUUGGCUGGCUAUGGAGCCUACCGUGUCUCCAAUGACAAGCGAGAUGUCAAACUAUCACUGUUUACAGCUUUCUUCCUGGCCACCAUAAUGGGUGUGAGGUAUAAGAGAUCUAAGAAAAUCAUGCCAGCUGGACUGGUUGCAGGUUUAAGCCUCAUGAUGAUUCUAAGACUUAUCUUACUGCUACUCUGAGAAUCCAGAGGAACUGAAGACUAAAUUCGUAUGAUUCUACUGUAACGGGCAGAGUAUACACUUUGGAUUUAAAAGAUAAACUUCAAGGUGGAAUAUUACGUGUCUUAUUUUAUGUUACAAACAACAGAAAUGUUCCAAAAUGAACACCAGUUUGAGGGAUUUUUUUAAAAACUGAAAACUCAACUGUUUUCUACUUGUCAGAUAAUGGUCUUGUUAAAGAUAUUCAAUAAAUCGUUAUACAUGCUUUCA